CAUAUAUUACCCAUAAUCCAAUGCGGCGUCGCGGAUUCCAUGUUUGGUAAGAUGUUCAUGAAGUUAUUGCUUUAAGACAUCACAAUUAAAGGUCCUCUUUGAAAUUGAGAGACGAGACCAUGCCGAACUUCCAUCGGGUUAUCCGUGCUAGCGAGAGAACUGACGAAGAGUUAGCAAAGGAGCCAGUAGAUGAUACGGGUAUCACAAAUGAAACCCCUAAAGAGAGUGGCAGUGGAAAUGCCUGGGAUACAACCAAGAAAGUGCUGGGUGAAUUGCCUAUACCGAUAUGGGCUAGUAUUCUCAUUGCCAUCGUGGUUAUUAUUAUUCUGCUAGCCAUCUUGUUUUGCGUCUGUAAAAGAUGCUGCAGGAGGAAAAAGAAGGACAAGGGAGGAAAGAAGGGCAUAAAAGGAGCCGUGGAUUUAAAAUCAGUUCAACUGCUGGGAUCGAGCUAUAAAGAAAAGGUUCAACCGGAUAUGGAAGAAUUGGAAGUAAACAUGGAAGAUAAUGAAGGCGCCGAAGAAGAAAAGGAAGAGGUUAAUUUAGGAAAAUUGCAGUUCUCGCUCGAUUACGAUUUUCAGAAGGGAGAACUGUCUGUCGGAGUCAUGCAAGGAGCUGACUUACCAGGAAUGGAUAUGAGUGGAACGUCUGAUCCAUAUGUAAAAGUCUAUCUAUUGCCUGACAAAAAGAAGAAGUUUGAAACAAAGGUUCACAGAAAAACACUUAACCCAGUCUUCAACGAAACAUUUACGUUCAAAGUUCCGUAUGCCGAGAUUGGGUCAAAAACAUUAACCUUCGCUGUAUACGAUUUUGAUCGUUUCUCCAAACACGAUCAAAUUGGUCAAGUUAAAGUUCCGUUGAAUUCGGUAGAUCUUGGUAAAGUUGUUGAAGAAUGGAGAGAUCUUACUUCGCCUGAUACAGAAUCUGAAAAGGUAAGGGAAAAACUUUUCUAUUUUUUACAUUUAUUAUUCUUCUUCUUCAAUUUACUAGUGAUUGAAACUUUUUCUUAUUACCCGUUUUAUCUUCUGCCCUAUUCAAAAAUAAAAUAUGGGCGAUUAUACAGAUUUUCAUUAAAUAGGAUUGAUAUUCCACUUGCAAUAAAAUAUUUACUUGCAAAACUUAUCAUUAAUUAAAUAAUCAAAGAGCAGGAUAAGAAAUAAUGAGAUUUUCUUGGAAAAAAACAGCAUACGUAAGAGCAUAAUAUCAGAAUAUAUUUCUAUAAAUAUAUAUAUAUAUAAGAAUAUAGAGAGAGCAAGACAACGAGUGAGCGAAAGAUAAAAGACAAAGUAUAUAAAAUAUUAUAUUGGAAAUGAAGAAAACGAUUAAAUUAAAAAGAAAAUGAAUUAUAUUAUAUAAAUAAAUAUUCUCUUUAUCUGUAGAAUCGCCUAUAAAAGUUUUUUUUAUAAAAUUAACUGCAGUAUCAUCAGUGCAUGAAAUUUUAUAUAACUUUUCAUAUUUC